CGGCGCGCGGGGCCGGCCCGGGCGCAGGAGGCCUCCUCGGGGCGCGGAGGGCGGCGGCUCGCAGCCCGAGCCACCAUGGCCAGUGGCGGUGGCAGCAACCAGGGCAGCGACGAGGACGAGGAAAGUCUGAAGAAGUUGCUGGUCAAGCUGAACAACGUCCAGGAGGGCAAGCAGGUCGAGACGCUGGUGCAGACCCUGGAGGACCUGCUCGUGUUCACGUACUCGGAGCGCGCCUCAAGGCUGUUUCGGGGCAAAAGCUUCCACGUGCCUCUGCUGAUCGUGUUGGACUCGUAUAUGAGGGUCGCGAGUGUGCAGCAGGUGGGCUGGUCGCUUCUGUGCAAACUGAUAGAAGUCUGUCCAGACACUAUGCAAAGCUUGAUGGGGCCCCAAGACGUUGGCAGUGAUUGGGAGGUCCUUGGAGUCCACCAGCUGAUUCUUCGAAUGCUCUCAGUCCACAGUGCCAGUGUGAACCUGUUGACGGUGGGACUGAAGGCCUUGGACCUCCUCCUGACUUCAGGUAAAAUCACUUUGCUGAUACUGGAGGAAGAAAGCGAUAUUUUCCUGUUGAUUUUUGAUGCCAUGCGCACCUUCCCAGCCAAUGAUGAGAUCCAGAAGCUUGGGUGCAAAGCUCUGCAUGUGCUGUUUGAGAGAGUCUCUGAGGAACAACUGACUGAAUUUGUUGAGAACAAAGAUUAUAUGAUAUUGCUGAGUGCAUUAAAAAAUUUUAAAGAUGAAGAGGAGAUAGUCCUCCAUGUCCUACACUGUUUGCAUUCCUUGGCAAUUCCGUGCAACAACGUGGAAGUGCUCAUGAGCGGCAAUGUCAGGUGCUACAAUAUUGUGGUGGAAGCCAUGAAAGCCUUCCCUGUUAGUGAGAAGAUUCAAGAAGUGAGUUGCUGCUUGCUGCACAGGCUGACCCUGGGCAAUUUUUUCAACAUCCUGGUGCUGAACGAGGUGCACGCGUUUGUGGUGAGAGCUGUGCGGCGGUAUCCCGAGAACGCAGCGCUGCAGAUCUCGGCGCUGGGCUGCCUGGCGCUCCUCACUGAGACCAUUUUUUUAAAUCAAGACUUAGAGGAAAAGAGUGAGGCUCAGAGUGGCGAGGAGGAGGAGGAGGAGGACAAGCUGUUCUGGCUGGAAGCCUGCUACAAGGCGCUCACGGGGCACCGGAAGAACAGGCAUGUGCAGGAGGCGGCGUGCUGGUCCCUGAACAACCUGCUCAUGUACCACAGCAGCCUGCACGAGAGGAUCGGCGACGAGGACGGCCAGCUCCCUGCGCACAGGGAGGUGAUGCUGUCCAUGCUGAUGCACUCCUCGUCGAAGGAAGUCUUCCAGGCAUCGGCAAACGCGCUGUCGACCCUCCUGGAGCAAAAUGUUAAUUUCAGAAAGAUCCUGUUGUCUAAAGGGAUAUACCUGAAUGUUCUGGAGUUAAUGCAGCGGCACGCACAUUCCCCUGAAGUGGCCGAGAGUGGCUGUAAGAUGCUGAACCACCUGUUUGAAGGCAGUCACAUUUCCCUGGAUACAGUGGCGGCAGUGGUCCCCAAAAUAAUAACAGUUAUGAGAAGUCACGAGGCGUCACUGUCAGUGCAGCUGGAGGCACUCCGAGCUAUUCUACAUUUUAUGAUGCCAGGCAUGCCGGAAGAGUCCAGAGAGGAAACAGAAUCUCAGCGGAACCUAAACGUGGUUAGAAAGCAGUGUUUCAGGAGUGACAUCCACAAACUGGUCCUCGCCGCUUUGAACAGGUUCAUUGGAAAUCCUGGGAUUCAGAAAUGUGGAUUGAAAGUCAUGGCUUCGAUAACGCAGGUGCCGGAUGCGCUAGAGGUGCUAUCGCUGGAGGGUGCUGUUGACUCGGUGCUGCACACGCUGCACAUGUACCCGGAUGACCAAGAAAUUCAGUGUCUGGGUUUAAGUCUUGUAGGACGCUUGAUUGCAAAGAAAAAUUUAUGCACAGGAACCGGGCAUCUGCUGGCGAAAAUUCUCGUGUCCAGCUUGCAGCGGUUCAAGGACGCUGCUGAAGUGCAGUUGGAAGGUUUUCGGACCGUCUUAGCAAUACUUGAAUUGUCAGUGUCUUUUUCCAAGCUGCUUGUCCACCAUUCAUUUGAUUCAGUAAUAUUCCAUCAGAUGUCUUCCAGUAUUACGGAACAGAAGGAUCAGCAGUUUCUAAGCCUCUGUUGCAAGUGCUUUGCAAAGUUGGCCAUGGAGGAUGAGCUUAAGAAUGCGAUGCUGCAGCGGGCCUGUGACCAGAACAACAGCAUCAUGGUGGAGUGCUUGCUGCUCUUGGGAGCUGACGCCAACCAGACCAAGGAGGCCACUUCUUUAAUUUGUCAGGUCUGUGAGAAGGAGAGCAGCCCCAAGCUGGUGGAGCUGCUGCUGGACAGCGGGUCCCGGGAGCAGGACGUGCGCAAGGCGCUGGCCGUCAGCAUCGGGAAGGGCGACAGCCAGGUCAUCAGCCUGCUCUUGAAGAGGCUGGCCCUGGAUCUGGCCAACAACAGCAUCUGCCUCGGAGGAUUUGGUAUUGGAAAAAUUGAGCCUUCCUGGCUCGGUCCUUUAUUUCCAGAUAAGACAUCCAAUUUAAGGAAACAAACAAAUAUUGGCUCUAUACUAGCCAGAAUGGUGCUGAGGCAUCAGAUGAAAAGCGCCGUGGAGGAGGGGGCCGCCCCAGGCAGCGAGGAGAACUUCCCCGAGGGCGUGCUGGACAAGUUGGAUGAGUGGACCUUCAUUCCCGACUCUUCGAUGGACAGUGUGUUUGGUCAGAGCGAUGAUCUGGACAGUGAAGGAAGUGAAGGCUCAUUUCUUGUGAGAAAGAAAUCAAGUUCAAUUGGUGUAGGAGAGUUUUACCGGGAUCCUGUAUUGCAGCGCUGCUCCCCAAAUUUGCCAAGGCAUUCCAAUUCACUGGGACCCGUUUUUGAUCAGGAAGAUUUACGGAGGCAAAAAAGGAAAAUCCUGUCAUCAGAUGACUCACUGAGGUCGACCAAGCUGCAGUCCCACGGGAGGCAGUCAGACAGCGUGUCCUCCCUGGCUUCGGAGAGGGAGUACAUCACCUCCUUAGACCUUUCAGCGAAUGAACUCAGGGAGGUCGAUGCCCUGAGCCGCAGGGGCUGCCUGAGUGGCCACUUGGAGCACCUGGAGAGGCUAGAGCUGCAGCAGAAUGCACUGGUCAGCUUCCCACAGCCACUCUGCGAGCAACCUCGAUGUCUCCCGCAAUGACAUUGGGCCCUCUGUCAUCCUGGAUCCCGCGGUGAGGUGUCUGACCCUGCGGCAGCUGAAUCUGUCCUAUAACCAGCUGUCUGCUGUCCCUGAGAGCCUCGCAGAGGUGGCUGAGAAACUGGAGCAGCUGCUUCUAGAAGGAAAUAAAAUAUCAGGCACAUGCUCCCCCUUGAGCCUGAAGGAACUGAAGAUCUUAAACCUUAGUAAAAACCACAUUUCAUGCCUACCAGAGAACUUUCUGGAAGCUUGUCCUAAAGUGGAGAGUUUCAGCGCCAGGAUGAAUUUGCUUGCCGACAUGCCUUUCUUGCCUUCCUCCAUGACAAGCUUAAAACUAUCUCAAAACAAAUUUACAAGUGUUCCAGAAGCAAUUUUAAAUCUUCCACACCUGCGGUCCCUGGACAUGAGCAGCAAUGACAUCCAGUGUCUGCCAGGCCCCGCACGCUGGACGUCCUUGAACUUACGGGAACUACUGUUCAGCUACAAUCAGAUCAGCGUGUUGGACUUGAGCGAAAAGGCGCAUGCGUGGUGUCGAGUGGAGAAACUGCACCUUGCUCACAAUAAACUGAAGGAGAUUCCUCCUGAGAUCGGCUAUCUGGAGAAUCUGACAUCUCUUGAUGUGAGUUACAACUCCGAACUGAGGUCCUUUCCCAACGAAAUGGGGAAACUAAGCAAAAUCUGGGAUCUGCCUCUGGAUGAACUGCGUCUUAACUUUGAUUUUAAACACGUAGGAUGCAAAGCCAAAGACAUCAUAAGGUUUCUUCAGCAGCGGCUCAGAAAGGCCGUGCCGUACAACCGAAUGAAACUCAUGAUCGUGGGCAAUACCGGGAGUGGCAAGACCACCUUGCUGCAGCAGUUAAUGAGAGCCAAGAAGGCCGACGUCGGCAUGCAGGGCGCCACGGUCGGCAUCGACGUGAGGGACUGGCCCGUGCAGAUCAGAAGCAAAGGGAAGAGAGACCUCGUGCUGAACGUGUGGGACUUCGCAGGGCGCGAGGAGUUCUACAGCACACACCCCCAUUUCAUGACCCAGCGUGCUCUGUACCUGGCCGUGUAUGAUCUCAGCAAGGGACAGGCUGAAGUUGAUGCCAUGAAGCCCUGGCUCUUCAACAUAAAGGCACGGGCGUCAUCCUCCCCCGUGAUCCUCGUGGGCACGCACCUGGACGUUUCUGACGAGAAGCAGCGCAAGGCCUGCAUCGGCAAGAUCACACGGGAGCUCCUGAACAAGCGUGGCUUCCCCGCCAUCCGGGACUACCACUUCGUCAACGCCACCGAGGAGUCCGAUGCCUUGGCCAAGCUCCGGAAGACCAUCAUCAACGAGAGCCUGAAUUUCAAGAUCCGAGAUCAGCCUGUUGUCGGGCAGCUGAUUCCAGACUGCUAUGUAGAACUUGAGAAAAUCAUUUUGUCCGAACGUAAAAAUGUGCCAACUGAAUUUCCCGUAAUUGACCGGAAACGAUUAUUACAACUGGUGAGAGACAAUCAGCUGCAGCUGGAUGAGAAUGAGCUUCCUCACGCCAUUCAUUUCCUAAACGAAUCAGGGGUUCUUCUUCAUUUUCAAGACCCAGCGCUGCAGCUGAGUGACUUGUACUUUGUGGAACCCAAGUGGCUCUGCAAAGUCAUGGCCCAGAUUUUGACAGUGAAAGUGGAAGGCUAUCCGAAACAUCCUAAGGGAAUUAUUUCACGUAGAGAUGUGGAAAAAUUCCUGUCGAAGAAAAGGAGAUUUCCAAAGAAUUACAUGACACAGUACGUUAAACUCCUGGAAAAAUUCCAGAUCGCCUUGCCAAUAGGAGAAGAGUACUUACUGGUUCCAAGCAGUCUCUCUGACCACCGGCCCGUAAUAGAGCUUCCACACUGUGAGAACUCGGAAAUCAUCAUCCGGCUCUAUGAAAUGCCUUAUUUCCCCAUGGGGUUUUGGUCAAGAUUAAUUAACCGGUUACUUGAGAUCUCACCUUACAUGCUUUCGGGAAGAGAACGAGCGCUUCGCCCCAACAGAAUGUACUGGCGCCAGGGCAUCUACCUGAACUGGUCUCCUGAAGCUUACUGCCUGGUGGGAUCUGAAGUCUUAGACCAUCACCCAGAGAGUUUCUUAAAGAUUACAGUUCCUUCUUGUAGAAAAGGCUGCAUUCUACUGGGCCAAGUCGUGGACCACAUUGACUCUCUCAUGGAGGAGUGGUUUCCUGGGCUGCUGGAGAUUGACAUCUGCGGCGAAGGAGAAACCCUUUUAAAGAAGUGGGCAUUGUAUAGUUUUAAUGACGGUGAAGAACAUCAAAAAAUCUUACUGGAUGACUUGAUGAAGAAAGCAGAAGAAGGAGACCUCCUGAUAAAUCCCGAUCAACCGAGACUCACCAUCCCCAUAUCUCAGAUUGCUCCGGACCUGGUUUUGGCUGACCUGCCUAGAAACAUUAUGCUGAACAACGAUGAGCUGGAGUUUCAGCAGGCUCCGGAGUUUCUCUUAGGGGACGGCAGUUUUGGAUCCGUGUACCGGGCCGUGUACGAAGGAGAAGAGGUGGCGGUGAAGAUUUUCAACAAGCACACGUCUCUUCGGCUGCUGAGACAGGAGCUGGUGGUGCUCUGCCACCUGCACCACCCCAGCCUGAUCUCGCUGCUGGCGGCUGGGAUCCGCCCGCGGAUGCUCGUGAUGGAGCUGGCCCCCAAGGGCUCCUUGGACCGGCUGCUGCAGCAAGACAAAGCCAGCCUCACCAGGACCCUGCAGCACAGGAUCGCGCUGCACGUGGCCGACGGCUUGAGAUACCUGCACUCAGCCAUGAUCAUCUACCGGGACCUGAAGCCCCACAACGUGCUGCUGUUCACCCUGUACCCCAACGCCGCCAUCAUCGCGAAGAUCGCCGACUACGGGAUUUCUCAGUACUGCUGCAGGAUGGGCAUCAAAACCUCAGAGGGCACGCCAGGGUUUCGUGCGCCUGAAGUUGCCAGAGGAAAUGUCAUUUAUAACCAGCAGGCCGAUGUGUAUUCGUUUGGCUUGCUGCUCUAUGACAUUUUGACAACGGGAGGUAGGAUCGUAGAGGGUUUGAAGUUCCCCAAUGAAUUUGAUGAAUUAGCAAUACAAGGAAAAUUACCUGAUCCAGUUAAAGAAUAUGGCUGUACUCCCUGGCCAUUGGUGGAGAAGUUAAUUAAAAAGUGUUUGAAAGAAAAUCCUCAAGAAAGGCCUACUUCUGCGCAGGUGUUUGACAUUUUGAAUUCCGCUGAGCUGAUCUGUCUGAUGAGACACAUUCUAAUCCCUAAGAGUGUCACCGUCGAGUGCAUGGUGGCUUCGAGCCCCGGAGGCAAGAGCACGAGCAUUUGGCUGGGCUGCAGCCACACCGACAAGGGGCAGCUGUCGUUUCUUAACCUCAACACGGAAGGACACACUACUGAGGAAGUUAGUGAGAGCAGAGUCCUGUGCCUGGCCUUGGUGUCCCUUCCUGUUGAGAAGGAAAGCUGGAUUGUGUGUGGGACUCAGUCUGGUGCCCUCCUGGCCAUCAGCACGGAGGAUGGGAAGAGGAGACACAGCCUGGAAAAGAUGACCGAUUCUGUCACUUGCUUAUACUGCAAUUCCUUUCCUAAGCAAAGCAAGCAAAAAAAUUUUCUUUUGGUGGGAACUGCUGAUGGCAAGUUAGCGAUUUUUGAAGAUAAGACUGUGAAGUGUGAAGGAGCCGCUCCUGUGAAGACCCUCAACAUCGGAAACGUGAGCACCCCACUGAUGUGCCUGAGUGAAUCCGUGAAUUCAACAGAGAAAAACACGAUGUGGGGAGGGUGUGGAACCAAGAUUUUCUCAUUGUCUCAUGAUUUCACUGUUCAGAAACUCAUUGAAACAAGGACAAAUCAGCUGUUUUCUUACGCAGCUUUCAGUGAUUCCAACAUCAUCGCGGUGGCAGUGGACACGGCUCUCUACGUUGCUAAGAAAAAUAGCCCUGUGGUGGAAGUGUGGGAUAAGAAGACAGAAAAACUCUGCGAGCUCAUAGACUGCGUGCACUUUCUAAAGGAAGCGAUGGCAGUAGGAAAGCAGGAGUCAAAGCACAGCCUGUUCUACUCCGUGCGCGUGAAGGCGCUUUGCCUUCAGAAGAACACGGCGCUCUGGAUCGGGACCGGAGGAGGCCACAUCCUGCUCCUGGACCUCUCCACGCGGCGCGUGAUCCGCAUCAUCUACAACUUCUGUGAUUCCGUGCGCGUCAUGGCGACAGCACAGUCAGGCAACCUUAAAAAUGUCAUGCUGGUCCUGGGCUACAACCGGAAGAGUGCCGAAGAGAUACAAUCUUGCUUGUCUAUUUGGGACACAAAUCUUCCGCAUGAAGUACAAAAUUUAGAAAAACACAUUGAAGUGAGAAAAGAAUUAGCUGAGAAAAUGAGAAGAACGUCUGUUGAGUAAGAGGGAAUUCAGAAACUUUGGUCUCCGAAUGGGAGAAUUGUUCUGAUCUCUUGUAAAUACUGCUUUGAACUCUCUGCACUGACGAAGGUUCUUCCACUCUCUGAAGUGCCUCAUGUAUAUAUGAAGGAAUGUUAAUUCAAGGGAGCUUCAAAAAGUUCGUGGAAAAUGGAAUUAAAAGAUAAGUUUAUUUUAUUGCAAAAAAUUGCAGUCCAUGUAUGCAAGAGGUCUUCAAAAAGUUUUAGAAAAUGCAAAAUGUGAAGAGAAAUACAUGAAGUUCGGUGUCUUUGUAUCAAAAUAAACUUAUCUUUUAAUUGUAUGUUUUCACAAACUUGUGGAAGUACUGUCAUAUUUUUUUAAAAAUUUAAAUAUAUGUAAAAAUAGUUACUAGUGAAAGUAUGUUUUAAGGAACUAUUUAAAAAUGUAGUAUUAUAUUCUUAAAUAUUUUAAUUAACUUGGUAGAUUAAAUAAUGAAAGAAAAUAUAUGAAGUACCUAACUGCAGUACUUAGACUAAAAAAUUUACAAACUGCCUCUUUUUUUUUUUUUUUUUUUUCCUUCAUGAUGAGGGCAAACCUUAUUUUAAAUGCUGUGCUUGGGACUGGGCUGUGGCCUGCUUACUUCCUUGAGAUUCCACAAGGUAGAACAAACGUUUGAGGGCAGUCUCUCAUGCAGCAAAUCCUCUCUUGGAUUGCUUUAGAAUGCAGCAUCUGUGUACUUGCAGACACACAGAGGAGCUGCACGAUGAAGCCCUGUGUUGCUGAUGUGACUGGGGUACCGGGUAGCACUGACUGUGUCUGAAAGCAAGCGCCACCACAGGCUGAUGGGCGACAGGACCUCGUGGCCACGUGCGGGAAAGGCAAAGUCACACUCUCUGCUGCUGCUUUCAGUUCUGUCUUUGAAGUGGAUACCCUGAAAUUUCCUAACGAAAUCUGGCGAGCUGUCUCUGGCUUACACGUCAGCGCUCUCGCCUACAGUGCCCCUUCCCUUCUUCACUGGUGUGGAUACGCUGUUCAUUCCCUGCAGUGAUGUGUGAUGCUUCAUUGUGAUUCUCAGUGGGAAGGCAUUCUGUGGCUCCGUGGUUCUCAUCGGCUCUGCUCGCAAGCUUCUACUCAUGUUUUCCCUUGAAUGUGUCGCCUUGCACGAACUGUAUCAUUUCCAUAAAAACCCUGUUGGCAGAUUUACAGACCAUAAGGACAAAUAUGAGGGUACUUCAGAGUGAAAUUUGGUCAGCUCUGGUCAGUGGAAGAAGCCGCUGCCUGCAGCAUGGGCAUCCCAUAGGGGUGCCGGUUCGAGUCCUAGCUGUAGGCCGUGGCUUUAACCCGCUACCCCACACUGCCAGUCCCUCCAUGAAUUUUUGAGAACUUGUUGUAUGCAUGGAUUUGAAAAUCUUUGUAUCAAAGUACACUUUCUUUUUUCAGAGAUAGAGAAAUGAAGUGAGAGAGAGCACUGGCUUAGUCCCCAAAUAACUGCGAUGAUGGAGACUGGGAUGGGCUGGAAGCCAGGAGCCAGGAACUCGGCGUAGGUCUCCUGUGUGGGUGCCAGGGACCCAGCUGCUUGAGCCAUUCCUGCGUCCCCUCCCAGUUUUCAUUAGCCAACGCAAGUUAGGAGCUGGGCCUGGAAAGCGAACCCAGCUACGCUGGUUCAGGAGGUGGACAUCUUAACCACUAGGCCGACCACUGAUUCCCAAAUAAGUUCAUCUUUUAAUUGUAUCUUUCCACUGACUUUUUAAAGUGUCCUCCUGUGUCAUAAAUAACAUUUUUCAGUUUGUUGAAAAUGAAAGGAGCUUUAGCUGUGAUUGGUAAAACUCCCCGCUAACUUUGUCUUCCAAAUUAUUUGUAAAUUGCUUAUAUAUUUUCCUACAGUAGGAAAAUCAUGGCCAAUAAUAUUUUAAUUUUAAUAAUCUGAGUAUCAUUUCUAUUUUACCAAAAACACUGUUGGUGUAUCCUUUGGUCCAAGCUAAUACUUAUCAUUUUGAACACCUCCCUUAUGAUAAGAUUACCAGUCUAAUUAAUUGCAUAAACAGUCUAAUUAAUAGGCUAGCCGGGGUAAUUAACAGGAUGACCAAUCUAAUUAAUAGGAUUUAGAAUCAAAUUAUUACUCUCAGAACUGGCAUUAUAUGAGGAUUUCAGGAUUUCUUUAUAUUAAGAGUAAUUAAAUUCAUAACCCUGAAAAAUGUUCCACUUUUCAAAGGGAUCCAGGCUUUAAUUUAAUAUAAUUAAUAAGAACAAAAUUCAAACAUGAUGGAGGCUUUCAUUCCUGUGCUGUCUGUCACUUUCCUUUUAUACAUAUAUGCAGUUUUUUUUAACUAAUGACAAUCAUGGAAAAAUAUGUAAAUGAACACUGUAUUUGAAUGCAAUAAUAAACAUUUUAAAAGCAUGUCUGUGCAUUUUACAGGUUUGUGAUAGCUUCUUUCAUUUUUCAUUUUCAUUUUAAUUGAUUUUUAACAGAUUCAAUGAUUUAUAGAUAGAAGUCUAAGAACAUAAAAAGAUUCCCUUCCUCCCUCCUUCCACCCAUUCCCCUAACCCCAACCCUUUCUUUUGUCUUUUUUAGUUUUUGAAGUAACAUACUUUAAAUUUACAUUACAAUAAAAAGGCUUAAUACUUCAUGGAACAAGAAGUUUAACAAGUAAAACAUUAAAAAGACCCUAGUUUACCAAGAAUAUAGACAGUGUCUAUAAACUAUGAUUGAAUGGAAAAAAUGGCCAUUUAACUCAUGUAUAAUUAUUUUUUGUUAACUAUUCAUUCAUAAUUUCUUUCAAUGAAAUAGAACUAAUGACAAUGUAAUCAAAAUAUUUCCUGUGUGGUUGCAAGAUAAUAAAUAAGUUCAUUUAGGCUGUAUGCAGUUUCCUCUCAACAGAUUAUGCACAGGAAUAAUUUUAUGCAGACUACAAUACAGAUGAUUAUAUUUUACAUUCUUUUUGUACUCUGUAACUACAGAUUAGGGAAAACAUGAUAUUUGUCUUUUGAAACCUGGCUUAUUUCACUAAGUAUAAUGGUUUCUAGUUGGAUCCACUUUGUUGCUAACGACAGGAUUUCAUUCUUGUUUAUGGCUGAGUGAUAUUCAGCCAUAGUAUGAAUGUGUGUGUGUAUGUGUGUGUAUCGCAUUUUCUUUAUCCAGUCAAGUGUUGAUGGGCAUUUGGGUUGAUUCCAUAAUGUAGCUAUUGUGAAUCCAGCUGCAAUAAACUGGGGUAUGUUAUGCUGAUUGUAUUUCCUUUAGGUAAAUUCCCAACAGUGCGAUGCUGGGUCAUAAGGUGUGUCUUUUUAGCUUUCUGAAGAAUCUCCAUGCUAUCUUACACAAUGGCUGUACUAGUUUGCAUUCCCACCAACAGUGGAUUAGGAAACCUUUUUCCUCAGCAUUUAUUGUUUGUUUUUUUGUUGUUGUUGUUUUUUUUUUUUUUUUCUGUAUGAGAGCCAUUCUGAGAAACCCCAUUGUGGUUUUGAUUUUCAUUUCCCAGAUGCUAGUGAUCUUGAGAAUUUGUUCAUGUGUCUGUUGGCCAUUUGAAUUUCUUCUUUUGAAAAAUACCUGAUUAAAUCCUUUGCCCAUUUCUUAACUGGAUUGUUUGGUUUGUUGUUGUUGAGUUUCUUGAUCUCUUUAUCAGUUCUGGAUGUUAAUCCUUUAUCAGUUAUAUAGUUUGUAAAUAUUUUCUCCCAUUCUGUCAGUUGCCACUGUGCUUUGUUAGUGAUUCCUUUGCAGUGCAGAAGCUUCUCAGCUUGAUGUAAUCCCAUUUGUCUAUUUUUGCUUUGAUUGCCUUUGCUUCUGGGAUGUUUUCCAAGAAGUCUUUGACUAUGCCAAUGCCUUGCAGAGUUUCCUCAGUGUUCUUCUCUGGUAAUUUGAUGGUUUCAGGUCAUAGAUUUAGAUCCUUGAUCUAUUUUAAGUUGAUUUAUAUAUAAGGUUUGAGGUAGCUGGGGUUGGCACUGUGGUGCAGAAGGUUAAAGCCCUGGCCUGCAGCACCAGCAUUCAUUAUGGGCACUGCUUUGAGUCCCGGCUGCUCCACUUCCGAUCCAGCUCUCUGCUAUGGCCUGGGAAAGCAGUGGAAGAUGGCCCAAGUCCUGGGACCCCUGUGCCCACAUGGGAGACCCAGAAGAAGCUCCUGACUCCUGGCUUUGGAUUGGUACAGCUCCAGUUGUUGCGGCCAUUUGUGGAGUGAAUCAGUGGAUGGAAGACCUCUCUCUCUGUUUCUACCUCUGUCUGUAACUCUGUCUUUCAAAUAAAUAAAAUAAACCAAAAAAAAAAAGGUGUGAGAAAGUGGUCUUGAUUCAUACUUCUGCAUGUGGUGAUCCAAUUUUCCCAGCACCAUUUGUUGAAGAUACUGUUCUUUCUCCAGGGAUUGAUUUUAGCUUGUUUGUCAAAGGUAAGUUGGAUGUCGAUGUGUGGAUUGAAUUCUGGAGAUUCUAACAUGUUCCAUUGGUCUAUCCAUAUGUUUUGGUGCCAGUACCAGGCUGUUUUGAUUAUAAAUACCCUAUAAAUAUGUCUUAAAAUCUGCUAUUGUGAUGCUUUUGCUUUUGUUUUCAUUGAAUAAGAUUGCUUUGUCUAUUUGGGGUCUCCUGUGUUUCCUUAUGAAUUUCAGCAUUGUUUUUCCUAUCUGAGAAGGAAGUUGUUGGUAUUUUGAUUGGGAUCACGUUGAAUCUAUAAAUUGCUUUUGGUAAUAUGGACAUUUUGAUGGUAUUGAUUCUUUUAAUCCAUGAACAUGGAAGAUUUUUCCUUUUUUCAUGUCUUCUAUUUCUUUAAUGUUUUGUGAUUGUCAUUGUAGAGAUCUUUACUGUCCUUGGUUAACUUUAUUCCAACGUAUUUAUUUUUUUUGGUAGCUAUUGCGAAUGGGACUGAUCUUACAAGUUCUGUCUCCACUGUGGUAUUGUCUUUGUAUACAAAGGCUAUUGAUUUUUCUGUGUUGAUUUUAUAUGCUGCUACUUUACCAAAAUGUUUUAUGAGUGCCGAUAGCCUCUUAAUGGAGUCUUUUGGAUUCCCUACAUAUAGUCGUAUCAUUUGCAAAUAGAGAUAAUUUGACUUCUUCCUUCUCAAUUUUUACUCCUUUUUUUCCCUUGCCUAAGGGCUCUGGCUAAAACUUCCAGGACUACGUUGAAUAGCAAUGCUGAGAGUGGGCAUCCUUGUCUGGUUCCAUAUUUUUGUGGAAAUCCUUCCAGCUUUCCCUUAUUCAAUAUGAUGCUGGAUAUGGGUUUGCCAUUUAUUUUAUUGAGGAAUGUUCCUUCUAUACCCUGUUUGCUUAAGGGUUUUUUUUUUUUUUCAUGAAAGGGUAUUGUAUUUUAUCAAAUGCUUUCUCUGCAUCUAUUGAGAUAGCCACAUAGUUUUUAUUUUUCAGUUUGUUAACAUGGUAUAUUGCAUUUAUUGAUUUGUGUAUGUUGAACAUUCCCUGCAUACCAGAGAUAAAUUCCACUUAGUCCAGGUGAAUUAUCUUUCUGAUGUGUUGUUAGAUUCAAUUAGCCAGUAUUUUGUUGAGGAUUUUUGCAUUUAUGUUCAUCAGUGAUACUGAUCCAUAGUUCUCUUUCUUUUUAUAUCUUUUUCUGGUUUUGGAGUUAUGGUGAUGCUCACCCUAUAGAAGGAGUUUGGGAGGAUUCUUUCAUUUUCAACUGUUUUGAAUAUUGCAGUUAGUUCUUCUUUAAAAGUCUAGUAGAAUUCAGUGAAGAUAUCCAUUCUAUGCACUGAUGAAAAUGUAUAUUCAUCAACUAUGUGUUGAAAUUUUCUGUAGAUACUGUUUAGGUCCUUUGGGUCCAUCCUGUCUAUUAGCUCUGCUGUUUCUUUGCUGAUUUUCUGUCUCAUUGAUCUGUCUAUUGAUGAUAGUGUGGUGUUGAAGUCCCUCAUUGCUGUUUUAUUGGAGUUGAUGUUUCCCUUUAGAUCCAUUAACAUUUGUUUUAAACAGCCAGGUUCCCUGGUGGUAGGUGCAUAUGCGUUUAUUACAGUCACAUCUUCCUAUGGAUUCAUUCCCUUAAUCAUUACAUAGUGCCCUUCUUUGUCUCUUUCAGCAGUUUUUGUGUUAAAUUCUGUUUUGUCUGAUAUUAGCAUGGCUAGACUGGCUCAAUUCUGCUUUCCAUUAGCUUGGAAUAUCUUUUUCCAUCCUUUUGCUUCCAGUCUAUGUGUAUCUUUGUUGGUGAGAUGUGUUUCUUACAGGCAGCAAAUAGAUGGGUCUUGUUUUUUAAUGCAUUCAGCCAGCCUGUAUCUUUUAUUUAGAGAAUUUAGGCCAUUUACAUUCAAAAUUGCGAUUUAUCAGUAAAAACUUCACCCUGCUAUUUUCCUCUAAAUUAUAUUGUUUGCCUUGAAUUUGCUUUGUAGUUUUACUGGGAGAUUUCUAUUUUUAUAUUUCUUCAUUUUGAUGACCAUGCCUCUCUGGCUUAGUGCAGUGACUGCACCUUUAGUGAAUACCCAGAGAUGUGUGCUGGGUGGGGAUAGGGAGCUCUGGUCAGUGCUCAAAGGUGGGACGAGAAUCCAGGGUGACACCCAAGAUGGAUAUGGUAGAUCUCCUCUAUUGUCAGCAGGCAGAGGGGUGAUUGUGCCUGUUGGCAUAAUCACAACUUCACUUUCUCCUAAUAUGAUCAGUACCCAGGGUUAGCCCAUAGUGGGUACAACCCUCACCCGUGGUGGCACAUUAACUACAUAAAGGGUCUAUAUUGUCCUCAGUAUAAACACUGAAUCUUAAGCUAUGGCCCACCCCAGGCCCUCAGGAAACUCUGAGCCUCUGGCACCAAGUACAGUGAUUACCCAGAAACCCAGCUAUACCCCAGACCCUACCUUGCAGUCCCAGGAUUCCCAAAGUCUCUACUCACAAAGCUGCCAUAGUCCUUAGGUGCAGAGGAUUCUUCUCUCUGCCCCUGGAGCCUGUCCUGUCCACAGAGAGUGGUCAUUUCCAGAGCCAGCUGCCUGUGGGUACUCCUCCAUGGCAGCUUGAGCCCAGGAGCCUAUGAUAGGUUGAAAGGAUGUGUGUUCCUCACAGUCCUAAGAGGGUGCCCAGUCCCCUGCCAACCCUGCUAGCCAGACUCAGAAUUAGUGGGAAAUGUGUAUUUUUCUCUCUGGUGAAAUCCCCUAGUCCCAUGAAUGUAUAGGAGCCCCGACAGCGUCUGCUUGUGUCAGGAUGGCACCGUCUCCGUGCUGGUUGUGGAGUGCCCUUGUGGGGGGUGGGAGAAAGAAAUGUGCUUUUCCUUUAGCUGGGAAGCUUGCCCCAGCAGGGUUCCAGGCUGGACUUCAAGUCAGUCUGUUCUGCCAGGUUCUCCCUCAUGCAGUAUCCUCAGUGGCACGGGGCCCCUCAGUCUACCCUCACCUCACUCUAGGAAUCUGGUGUCUCCUGCUGGCUGGUGCAUGCCCGCACCUUCCAUGCUGCUCCACGGUGUCCCUCUUCUUUUUGUAGAAUUUCCACUGCUGAUUGCGCUCCAGCUCCCCCCUGGGAGUACACCGUCUCCACUUUUCUUCUGCUGUCUUCCCCUCGUCAAAAUCCGUACCUUUUCCCUAUUCAGCCAUCUUGGAAUGCCUGCCUUGUAGAUAGCUUCUUUAGACUGUGCGAUACUUUUUCCUUAAAUAGCCCAUUUAAGUUUGUUUUAUCUUUGUAUGGAAUAUUUGAUUAUAAGAAAGUGCUUAGGAGAUAUUUUCCUUGAGGAACUAUGAUAGGUUUAAAUUCAAUUUUCUUCAAUAGAAAUAGUUACCAAGACCCCAGGAUAAAAUAUGAUAGAAAUGAUAUAUAUUUAAUUCUCAGAAAAAUUUUUCUGUUAUAGUGUUCACUCUUAAGUCCUAAGACAAUAAGACUUUAUAAUAAAUAAUGUAUGCAAAAACAUAGGCAUACUCGUUUUAAGUCUUUCCUGAUGACAGUGCUAAGAAAAGCUACCAAUCGUCAUCAAAAUAAGCAUUUGAUCUUACCAGGAAUUAUCUUUGGGGGAAGUUUGCAAUUAAAACUAGAGACCUUGAGCUGUUACCAUGCAGACAUGGCCACAUCCAAGACGCAGUGUCCACAACCAGUCGCCCAAAUGGCACAGAAGUGGCCUGCAGGAACCUUGACCACAGAAAUGGGAAUCUCUUAAGGGGGUGGACCCCAGAUUCUUGGGGAUCAUGCCAUGUGCCAAAACCACGACCAGAAGAACCUGAGGAAGAUGCAGGGCAGCAAUGCCAAGGUUGUGAGUGCGGCUGCUGAGUUUGCCGGGCAAAGGAAGUUAAUCCCACAGAUAGGAAAAGGAGUCGGCUGCAGGCCCAGAGGCCUUGCCUGCAUCACCUACUGCGAGGUCGGAGCGUGUUCUUGCCCAUGUUGCCAGGGGUCUUGGGCUGUCCCAGUCUAAGGCCAGGCCCAGGAUGUGGGUAAAACUCCAGUUCUGGCUGAUGUGGAGGCUCCUACAGAGGCCCAGGCCCCAGAGGUGCUCAGGCCUCCUGAAGACUCCAGAGUAGCAGCAUCUGCCUGCCGAGGCGCGGGCAGGAGGGCUGGUGCAGCCGGUGCUGCUGGCUGCGUGGCACCUGGCGUUCUCCUGUGCUGUUUGUCCAGAUGAACCUGAGGCAGGGUCUCUUAACAAAAACAGAGCCUUUCUGACGAAGUGCAGCAAGCGCUGUGUCCAUUACCUGGCAACUAUUUUAGCUGGCACACAACUUACUCUUCCUGGAGAAAGUGAAAUAUGCUGAAGACAGACAGCAGAAGUACCAGAAACGAUUUUGAACUUGCUAUACGAAAGGUGAACAUUGAAGCGUUCAGAUACCAAGGGGCAGAGGGUCCAGAACCCUUACCACUUUGCUUCUUCAUGGCACCCAUCACUUCAGUAGCUUCAGCGUCUGGGAAAACAGUUCUGUUCCUACAGACUCACGAGCAAUCCAGAAACAUCUCCCAGCAGGAGAUUUCAUGCCCCGUCUACAUUCUCUCCUGUUGCCCAGCCACGGGCAGUGUACUGGAUACCAGCUCUGGAUCUGGCUGUGUAGUCUGUAGGUGCUGGCUGCUUUUAGCUUGUCCUGGUUUGUGGAGUGUUCCCAGCACCUUGGCCUGCAGGCUGUUAGCUGUCUGAACUCUGAGCAGUGGAGCAGAGGCCGAGGCCAGCUGCUUUCUCCCUAGGUCUCCAGCUUUCUCUGGAAGGUCUCUACUUGAAGGUGUCCCAGCCGAAGACCAGCGAAGGGGACGGAGAGGGGUGGCAGCAUCCAGGUCCUGGGCUACUGCUUGCCUUCCGCUGGAAAACUCCGUCUCGCGGAGUGUCUGAUAGGAGUGAUCCUUCCUGCCUGGCCUCGCCACGUUGACCCAGUAGGUGCCACCACUGUUACCGUUUAUUAUUUAAAAUAAAAAAGUAUAAUAAACUCUCUUUUGGAAGUAUUUUUUUUUUUGACAGGCAGAGUUAGACAGUGAGAGAGAGAGACAGAGAGAAAGGUCUUCCUUCUGUUGGUUCACCCCCCAAAUGGCUGCUUCGGCUGGCGCGCUACACCGAUCCGAAGCCAGGAGCCAGGUGCUUCUCCUGAUCUCCCAUGCGGGUGCAGGGCCCAAGCACCUGGGCCAUCCUCCACUGUACUCCUGGGCCACAGCAGAGAGCUGGACUGGAAGAGGAGCAAUCAGGACAGAAUCCGGCGCCCCAACCAGGACUAGAACCCGGGGUGCCUGCACCGCAGGCAGAGAAUUAGCCUAGUGAGCCGCGGCACUGGCCUGGAAGUAUUUCUUUAAAACUUAAGUUGUCAGGAGAGACUUUCAUUGUGAGUAGGCACUGCAGCAGCUCCAGAGUGAAAUCAGAAUUCUGGGAAGAGGAAGCAGACUUCAUGCCCCAUCCUGGAACCAUGAGCUCAUUUUGCAAUCUCCUCAUCAAAUACAGAAAGGUGUGCUACGUCUUGUUCCUGGAGAACUUCCAUCUCUCCUCUGUGACUGAAAGUACGAGAGAAACAUCUACUUCCAUGUUGGUACUGCAUUUUACUAUGGAAUGAGUUAUGAAGCUAGUGAGCUUUAUUAGAGGCCUUAGGCUGGGAGGGAGGGAGAGGUUCUGAGCACCAGGUUUGUCUUGUAGGUGAAGGAACCGUGAAAGGCAUCCCUGACUGUGACUGUGUGUCACAAGGGGCUGUCCCCACCUCUGUUUGGGGCUGUUAGGAAAUAGCUCCAGAUAACCCAAGGCACGUUUGACAGAAUUACACAGGUAUGUAGAGAGUGAGCCAUCCUUAUUUGAAAGGCAUGGGUUCAGAAGUGCCUUGGAAUUCUUGGUUUUGGGAAUAUUUGCAAAUAAAUAAUAACAUGUCUUGGGGCUAGAAAUUCAUUUUUGUUUCGUGUAUACCUUACACAACUUACAAGUAAUUUCAUGCAAUAUUUUUAGUGCACCUGCAUUUGUCCUCGGGUUGGAAGUCAGAGUUUGGGUUUCAGAGCAUUUUGAAUUUCAGACUUUCAGGUUAGCAGUGUUCAGCCUGUGUAGUAGUAGCGUAGUUGACCAUAGUUGCCUUCAGGAUUACUUUUAAAAGAGAACUAAAUGGAAAGCUCAGGGACAGGACAGACCUUGGUCUAAACUGCAGAUUUGGCAUCUGCUGGCUCAGUGAACUGGACUGAGUCGCUCCAGUAGCCAGAAAACUCACUUCCUCGCUACAGAGAGGCAGAGUAGUACAGAGGUGCUCAGAGGGCCCCAAAGGGAAGUUAAUUAUGGUUCAAGAUCUUUAGAAAUCCAUGCACCGUUUUCUCUUAAUACGCAUUUUCAUGAGUUUUUGGAAGAUCCCUCAUAUACAUGGGUUUCCUGAUGAAUGAGAAUAUAUCAUGGAAUUCUACAUAAUGGACAUGUUACAUUCACUUCAAGUAAAAUCCACCCCCUAAGGAAUUCACACAGACAGCAUCACUAUUGACACAUUUGCAUAUUACUGUUCAUCACAGAUCUUUGGAAGCUGCACCUGCAAACCACUGAUGAUAAAUCUGUAGAAGCCAGCAACUUUCAUCUAAAAAGUUUAAGCUUGGAAAGAAACUACUACCAAGAAGUUGAGUGUAAUUAUAUUAUUUUAUAUUUUUCCUUGAAACCUGUGGCCACGUGUGAAUAGAAAAACGAGGUCUAUCUUCAUCAAGUCCCUGUCGCUGUGUUCUUGUCUGGUUGCUUUGCCUUUGAGGAUCUACUGAAUUCUGUGUCACCCUGUAAAUGCAAUGUGAUUGCUUGAAUGAAAAUGAAAUGAUUGUGUGAAGAAUGUAUCAGAUUGUUUUUUUAAUCUCUGCAGCUAUUGAAAUAAACACAUUAAGCAAGA